UAAAUCGUUCAGAUAUUGUUGAGCAAUAUAAUUGCCAUCCAAGCCUCUUGAUUGUGUCUAAUUCAUCUGUGCUCUAUCAAUUUUCACAAUGCAUUGAAUACGUAAGUAUAAUACUAGAAAAAAUAAUCCCCAAUUUCCUUCAAUUUAACUUUCAACUUGAACACUCUUUACUAACAUUUUCAGAUCCUUGUUUAUGCUUUAGUAUUACAAAUAACCCAAACUGUAAUGAAUUUAAACACCAGCAGACUAAUCCGAAACGUCUCAAAUUCUCAAUCUCUGUUUAGAAGUCUAAAACGCCAAGUUAGUCCAAACAGUACAACUUUCCUGCAAACCCAAACUUCUCCAUUUUGCUCCAAAACGAAUGCACACAUUAUGAGUCUGGACAAUUCGUGGUCGCACAAAACCCAACACAAAUGGGCAGAGCAGUUUCCCCUUGCUAAAAAAGGCAAGCGUCAAUCUCCGAUUGACAUCAAAGAGAAACAAGCUGUCAAAAAGUGGCUCCCAAUGUUCAACCUCGAACUAAUCCAGGGCAACUUGUCUGAAGAUUGGACCAUAGCUAACAAUGGCCAUACAAUUAUGGUCUCCCCACCUGAGAGUGUGAAGUGGCAGUUGAGUGGGAGUAUGUUAGAAGGAAAAUAUAUAUUGGAUCAUUUCCAUAUGCACUGGGGGCCACAUAGAGGUAAUUGUGGUUGUGAGCAUUUGCUAGAUGGAAAGAAACACGAUGGCGAAAUCCACUUCGUAUACAAAUGGGCUUCGAACCAGGAAACCGAAACAGUCGAUGUUCUCGCUGUUUGGGGAGUAAUGAUGAAAAUAUCGAAGGAGACCGAUCCCAAAUUCCAAUUCCUAGUCGAUCAGCUAAUUGGGAAUAAUUUGUACAAAAUAUCAAACCCACGAGCGGAUCCAGUAAAAAUUCCAGUGAUCGAUUUCUCAAGUUUAGUACCGCAAGGAUUGUCAGAGUAUUUCAUAUACCAAGGGUCACUGACAACGCCACCCUUCAGUGAAACAGUGAUGCAUAUUGUGUACAAAGAGCCGGUAGAAAUUUCUUCUGUAUUUUUUGACCAGUUGAGAAGUUUGGCAGAUUUGGAUGGUGAUAAAAUAACGAGUAAUUUCAGACAAGUUCAGCCUCUGAAUGGUCGAACGGUUUAUUUGUCGUCGUAAAUUAUUAUCUCUGCAUUAUUCAGACACGGAAAACAAAUACUCUGGUGCAUAAAUUUUGAAAAUACAUUUAGUGCACACAUAUUUUAGAAACGAAAAUUACCCAAUUGCUCGGCAUGAUUUAUUAUAAUAUGAUGCAGUAUAAGGAUUUCGUUUGCUGCAAUUUUAUACGAUCGAGAGUUACGAGAAAGCUGAGACUGAGCUAGGCUUUGACUCACUGCAAUUUUGUAAAAAUAUUAUUUUCGCAGCAAACGUGCAUUAAAAAUAAUAUCUGGAAUUUGAAAACAAUGACCUUGUACCUGCCUUGCAAAGAAGAAAAAAAUGUUCACUACUGUAUGA